AGAAGAAAUAUAAAAUUAAAAAAAAAACAGUCUUUUGAGUGUUCGUAGGAUUGAAGGAUUCUAAUGCAAUGCAACUAAGUUUCUCCUCCUUCACAACAUUCAAAGAAGCUUUUUCAUCUUCUGUGGAGAACUGGUUUUUAAUGGGUUGCUUUUUGUUUUGCUGAUGAUUUUGAUGGCUACGUGAUCCCAUUAAUUGGUGCCUCUGUUAGAUCAUUGGCAUAUGGGGCUGUUGGAUUCAUUGGUGGGAAACGAAGUUAAGAAGUUUGUGAAACGAAAAGACAGUGAUGCAGGAGAAGCAGGUCGAGCACUGGAAGAACUCAGAGGUUCUAUCUACAAUGAAAUUCGAACGUCAGAAGGCGCCAAGCGCCAACAGCAACGGAUUUGUGGGCCAGUGGUGGCUAUGACCUUCAAUUUCAUUGUCUCUGUGGGGAUUAUCCUGGCAAACAAACUAGUAAUGGGGAGAGUUGGAUUUAAGUUCCCAAUCUUUCUCACAUUGAUCCAUUAUGUGACAUCAUGGUUGCUUCUUGCCAUUUUCAAGACACUUUCAAUUCUUCCAGUUGCUCCUCCGUCUAGAACUACUCCUUUCUCUUCUAUCUUCUCCUUAGGUGCUGUCAUGGCUUUUGCCUCGGGUCUUGCCAAUACAAGCCUAAAGCAUAACAGUGUUGGCUUCUACCAGAUGGCUAAAAUUGCUGUCACUCCUACCAUUGUUUCUGCUGAGUUCAUUCUCUUCAGGAAAACCAUUUCUUUUAACAAGGUUUUGGCUUUAGCUGUUGUCUCAGCAGGUGUGGCAAUAGCAACCGUAACAGACGUAGAGUUCAAUGUGUUUGGUGCUUUAAUUGCAAUUGCAUGGAUAGUCCCAAGUGCCAUAAACAAAAUCUUAUGGUCUAAUCUGCAACAGCAAGCCAAUUGGACGGCGCUCGCGCUGAUGUGGAAGACAACCCCGGUCACAAUAUUCUUCCUACUAGCUCUGAUGCCAUGGUUGGAUCCACCAGGAGUUCUACUUUUCCAAUGGGAUUUCAACAACACAACAGCCAUUCUUAUAUCAGCACUCCUUGGUUUUCUCCUCCAGUGGUCUGGAGCUCUGGCACUUGGGGCAACCUCAGCGACUUCACACGUUGUUCUUGGACAGUUCAAGACUUGUGUGAUACUACUAGGGGGCUAUCUUAUAUUUAAUUCGGAUCCGGGGUUUGUGAGCAUUUGCGGGGCUCUUGCAGCCCUCUGUGGAAUGUCUGUUUACACAUCACUAAACCUGCAAAAGUCGCAAGACAAUGUCAGCAUGCAGCUCCCAAAGCAAAGCUUACCGACGUUAAAACCAAAAGCCACCAACGAAGAAAGUGUAGAGUCAGAUGUAGAGGAUACCACCAACCCCACAACUGCUGUGUGAACCAAGCAGGCUUACAAACCAUUUUAGUGUGUUUGAGAUGUAGAGAAGAUACAACUACUGUUGUCUAAACUCUAAACCAAGCAGGCUUACAAACCAUUUUUCCUCGUGCAGUUGUCAAAUGAAACAAAAUAGAAAAGGAAAUUCUCUUACACCAAUUACAACUUUUUUCUUUAUGCAAACGAUAUCGUGAGGCGGAAAUCGAACACAUGAAAUGGUCUUUAACCACUU